GAUGGUUCUUAGUUCCUGCUAGUGCCACCGUGAAGCUAAUCGUUGAGAUGGAGAUUAGUAAAACUACCAUCGGGAUUGCAGCCGGCGUGACCGGAACGCUGUUCCUGGGCUACUGCAUCCACUUCGAUCACAAGCGCCGCAAAGAUCCGGACUUCAAAAAGAAGCUGCGAGUGAGGAGGUUAGAAGUUCAUUUCGUGGAGAAAAGCAGGAAAAUUUCUUCGCUUUUCGACCUCUCUCUCGUUCGGAAUUAGCGUGCUAGUGCCACCGUGAAGCUCGGGUCCGGACUCGUUGACAUGGAGAUUAGUAAAACUACUAUCGGGAUUGCAGCCGACGUGGCCGGAACGCUGUUCCUGGGCUACUGCAUCUACUUUAAUCACAGGCGCCGUAAAGAUCCGGACUUCAAAAAGAAGCUGCGCAGGAGGAGGUCAGAAGUUCAUUUCGUGGACAAAAGCAGGAAAAUUUCUUCGCUUUUCGACCUCUCUCUCGUUCGGAAUUAACGUGCUAGUGCCACCGUGAAGCUCGGGUCCGGAAUCGUUGAGAUGGAGAUUACUAAAACUACCAUCGGGAUUGCAGCCGGCGUGGCCGGAACGCUGUUCCUGAGCUACUGCAUCUACUUCGAUCACAAGCGCCGCAAAGAUCCGGACUUCAAAAAGAAGCUGCGAGAGAGGAGGAAAGCGACGAAGGCUGUUUCGGCUGCUGGAGGGCCACGGACGACGAUGCCCAACAUGGCAGACCAUGAAGAAGUGCGAUUUUUCCUCCAGGAAAUUCAGACGGGCGAGGCCCUCAUCUCUUCCGGUGACAUCGAGAACGGUGUCGAGCAUCUGGCUAACGCAGUGAUCGUCUGCGGCCAACCGGCACAGCUUCUCCAAGUCCUCCAACAGACCUUGCCAUCCCAAGUGUUCACACUACUGAUCAAUCGUAUGCGUCAGUAAGGCGGCGGACAGGGCAGAAGCGAUAGCGAGAGGGCCAGAUUGCAAGAAAUGAACGACGAUCUGGAAUAGCUUGGAGUGUUAUAGAAUUCAUAGUAGUAGCAACAGACGUAGACUGGAGAUACCAAAUACCAACAGAGAAAUCCUAGAGUACAGCUUCGUCUGCGGUUAUCGCCCACGCAGUUUGAUGUAUCGAAUCACACAAUAAUUAUAGAAAGAAGUAAACUAAAUCCUACAUAUGUUACAAGAAGCUUCUCGAAAGAAAGACACUGUUCAGCUGUCCGUGAAUUAUUUUUUUGCACCGCGUUCAAGUUUUGGCAUGACAAGCGGAAUCACUAUCCCGUAAUCCACAUUGUUCGAACUAAAGUGUACUAGGUAUGAAUGAACAUAUAAAUAUUCAUAUAUAAGUAGAAAUCCA